UUACACAGUAUGAGGAAAUGCAGUUCCUUGCUAUCAUGCUAUGGGUUGUCUGAUGAAAAAACAUGUCUCUUGAGAACCGUCUUGUAUAGGCCAUUAUUCAGUUGCCUCAAUUUCCCGUAUACAAAGGAAUCCUUCACCAUGCUAAACAAGCUGCUGCCUAAAGAGCUAAGGGGCCGGGGCUGAGGCUUUUCUAGUUUCGGCAUCCUUAAUGCUGACAGCAAGGUUAGGAGCGGGUAUUUGAGAAGGAUGCCUCCCCUCAUCACAUUCUGUUCUUCUUCAUCCCCACACUACCGUCGUUUUCUUCAUUAAUUAUCCUAACAUUAUUGCACAAUGGGCAGACCUAAGUAUCUCCCAGGGGAAUAUCGCGACGACCCCGACGCCCUAUCCCUCCAGACGACACCGGACGAUUACACUUACGACGACGCUCCGGAAAUCAACGGCCUACCUCCAUCCUACGAUGACAGCGAAGGGGAUAUUGUUCCCGCGGCUGGCCCCUCGCGGCCAAUCCGCUAUGUUCCUCCGUCGCGCUACAUGGAUCAUGACAAUGCCUUCGUGCAGUCUGGCGGCAAAAUUCGAGUGUGUGACACGCAAAAGACCAUGGACGCUCGAUAUGACUUGGAUCCUGAGUACCUGGAACAGCGGAUUAAGACAAUGUCACUGGUCCCUCCCAAUCCCCUCAUCUACAUCGUAGGAACGCACAGGGAGACCGUGAGGAAUGGGGACAAGAAGGAGGUCAAGGACAUCAUCGACUUCCGGCUGGUAAUCAAUAUGGGAGAAUACCUUGUGCACGACGAUCAAACCGACUUCCCCAUGAAGCUUGGGACUGCAACGAACGGCGAGAAGACCUACCGCGGGAGCUUCAUGAAGAAGCGCGCACCAGGAGCCAAACAAGACAUCGAGGUCGGCUCAGAUGCCCCUACCCUCCGCGAGUGGUGUCAUCGGUACUGCGCCUCGCCUUCGCGAUUGAGAAUCUUCCGUCUUCGGCGCGAGGUCUUUGGCCUGGACUCCCAUUACCUUGCCAAGCGUAUCGAAGGCCUGAUCCGCAGCACAAGCUACCGUGGGCGUGUCAGAAUCGAGUUUCCGGUAGAAAACGAGAACGUCGACAUAUACACUGCAAACCGCAUCAAUGAGUGGCGGUUGAAGACGUGGGUCCGUUGGCUUUUCUACCUUACCUUCCUCUGGAUCUUUUCCUGGCCCUACCUCUUCUUCGCGACAAAGCGCUAUGCCGUCGUCAAAGCAAAUUGGUUCUUCUCCACACUCGACGAAAAUGACAACAAGAUAUAUGCCACCAUCAGUGAAGAAGAGUGGUUCGACAGAUGGCACAUUGCCAUCCGCCGCUAUGUGUUGGAAGGCUUCCAAGGCGAAGCAACCUACGAGCGGAUGCAAGGUGUUAUUAAUCGGCCUGCGGAUCCGCCUACACCCGGCCGCCCUGCAACAGGUAAUGUGAACGUGGACAAUGCAGUCGGUCUGUUGCAGCAAGGCUUCCGGGUUGCUCGAGCUAUCAGUAGGGGUGAUCCGAUGGCAGGCCUUCAGGAUGGUUGGGGUUACGACACGGUGUAGCCCGGUGAAGCUGGACUCGUAUCAGAGAAGUGCCCAUCAUUUUCCGCUUUCAUUCCUCCGAACAGGUCUCUUUCAUUUGUGUUCUCAUUUUAUCCGGCCGGUUCUCCAAUGAAGUUGUAUCAAAGCGUGUACUGUGUAAGGCGUAUUCGAUGCACAACCCAGUGACGCGAAAGUACGGAGAGAAGAAGCGUGAUCCAUCUUGACAACACAAUGCGAGUCGGAAGAGAAAACUAGCACGAGAAUCGCAUUCUCUGCAUAGAAUGAGUGAAAUUAAUCUCAC